GGGGAACGCCAAUCUCUCUGGAACUCUAUGAUUAGCCAUACAUCCUCAGAUACUCUGUGGCUUGUUGGAGGUGAUUUUAACAUUAUUUGCAGCCUAGAUGAACACAGAGGACCUAUCUUGCCUAGCUUUAAAGGUAUGGAAGAUUUCUCUUCUUGCAUUGCUUCUUGUGAUCUUAAUAACAUUUCACCUAAGGGCGGAAUUUUUACGUGGCAUGGGAAAAGAUCCCAAGGCAAAGUCUGGAGGAGACUGGAUAGGGCUCUUGUGAACACAUAUGCCAUGAACUUGUAUGAUGACAUCACUCUUAACCACCUUAGCAGGAGUGGCUCGGACCACAAACCAAUCCUCCUUAAAGGUGCUAUAAACUCCUACAAAGGGCCCAAAAUGUUCAGAUUUCUCAACUGCUGGGUUUCUAAUGACACCUUCAUUCCUAUGGUUAAAUUGAAUUGGGAAAAGUCUAGCAAUGUGAAUGGAAUGUCAGGCUUUGCUGAGAAACUCAAGAUCCUUAAAACAGCGAUUAAGGAGUGGAAUGUUUCAACGUUUGGAGAUAUCUUCGAAAAUGUUAAAAUGGCUGAAGAAGAGGCACUUGCUAGACAAAACUCCUUUGAUAAUAAUCCAACUGAAGACAACCGAGCUGCUGCAAACCUUGCAUCAGCCAAACUUCUAAAUGCAUGUAAAAGGGAGGCUAGUUACUGGUUUCAAAAGUCUAACAUCAAAUGGAUGAAGGAAGGAGAAUCCAAUUCAAAGUUCUUUCACUCGGUGGUCAAGGGAAAGAGGGCUAAACUCAAGAUCACAGCUAUAAAAGAUGAGGAGGGAGUUAACCACAUAGAUAAUAACAAAAUCGCUACCUUAGCUGUUGAGCACUUCACCAAGCUUUUUGAAGAGAGUCCUUGCAAAGCUCUUCAGGAAACCCUGAGAUUUAUUCCAUGUACAGUUACAGCCGAAGACAACAACUCUAUAAAAAAGCUUCCUUCUAUGGAAGAAGUGAAACAAGCAGUGUGGUCGCUCAAUGAAAAUGCCGCUCCUGGUCCUGAUGGCUUUAAUGGCUUUUUUUCAGGGCCUGUUGGGAUAUUAUCAAAAUAGAUCUCCUUAAGGCAUGUCAAGAGUUCUUCUUAGGAGUUAAGGUUCCGGUUGCUUUUGCAAGCACAAUUAUCACCUUAAUUCCCAAGGUAAACAGCCCCAUCAAAUGGAAAGAUUUCAGGCCAAUAUCCUUAUCAACAUUCAUGAGUAAGAUUAACUCUCGUAUUCUGGCAACGAGACUUAGCAUAGUUAUCAACAAAGUCAUUGG